AUGCAGUGCAUGUUAUGUGUGCAAGCAGCAUCUCUGCAUGUCUCAGUCCUCGGUUCACCUGCAGGAGGAGCUGUGUCUCGCUGCAGCUUAUCUGGAGCAGCAGAGAGAUAUCCCUCUUUUUCUCCUUCAGCGGCAUGAAUAAUAUCCCCAGAGCUGGAGAGAGAGCAUAUCAAGAGGCAAACAGGAAGGGGAGAGAGAGAGAUAGAAGCCUGUGUGACAGAUAAGAUUGUGGCACAACUUGUCUUCCUGACUGCACCGUGAGCUGGGGAAAGAGAGGAACAAGUGCACCAGAGUGUCAGGCAAGGCUUCUGCCUGCACACAUAAACACUCACAGACACACACACACACAGAAAAAGACAGACCCCACAGCACAGAAGCACCAGAAGGAGUUCAGAGAGAAGACUGACCUCAAAAAGGUGGAUUGGCAGAAGUUUUGUCUGUGCAUUCCCUCGGAUGCUAUGGCCGUCCUCCAACUGAUCGUUUAGAGGAGUUGAAGAACUUGUCUUGUGAUUGCAGCCUGAGGUAGCAUGGAGGAGCUGUCGACGAAAGACAAGGAGCUGAUACGAGACAGCUGGGAGAGCCUGGGCAAGAACAAAGUUCCUCAUGGUGUCGUCAUGUUCUCCAGACUGUUUGAGCUGGACCCUGCGCUCCUCAAUCUUUUCCACUACGGUACAAACUGCGAUUCCACACAGGACCGCCUCGCCAGCCCCGAGUUUCUGGAACAUGUCACCAAGGUGAUGCUUGUGAUCGACGCGGCCGUCAGCCACCUGGAUGACCUUCACUCCUUGGAGGACUUUCUGCUCAACCUCGGGAAGAAGCAUCAGGCAGUGGGAGUCAGAACGCAGUCAUUUGCCGCGGUGGGUGAGUCCCUUCUCUACAUGCUGCAGUGCAGUCUGGGCCCAGCCUACACGGCACCGCUGCGUCAAGCCUGGCUCAACAUGUACAGCAUUGUGGUAGCAAUGAUGAGCCGAGGGUAUGCCGAGAAUGGCGAAGACAAGGCCGACUGAGGCGCCAGUAGUUGUCAAAUCAUCAAGUUGGUUGCCAUGGAAUAAGGUUGUGUAACUUGCAGCAUUGUGGCUUCAGCUGCUGUACAUUUGCUCUGUGAGUGGGGUCGCAUAGCGUAGCGAACGUGUGAUAUAGUUACACAUUUUUCAGUCGGACCAGCGAGUCACAGAGCGUGUUUUCUUUGCUGUGGAUGUUUAGCUACCAGGCAGUGCUGUUUGUACAGUUUCAGAGUGUAAGUGGACUGUAAUCUGAAUGCCUCACACUGAGAAGAAACACUUGGGAAACUGUGGAAGGGGUUUUAUUUUGUAUAUAAUGGCUUGAUAUAUUUACUCAAAUGAUAACAGUGACUGUAGUGGUGUUUGUGGUGUAUCUUAAAAGAGUUGCACACUUGUGAAACACUAGCUGUUAUUAUGAUUAGACAUCACACACUGCUCAAACUGUGAUGGUUACUGUGGCCAGCAAGGGCAGCUCUUUAUCUAACUGGAACACAGUGAUACUUAACAGAACGUGUGGGACAAUGCAAUGUGAUUUUUCAGAAGAAUAUCAAAACUGUGUGUUUUUUUAAAAUCGAUAUUACACUUCAUGUCUUUUGAGUGACUUUGUCGUUUAACUUUUAAGCUGCUAGGAUGAAGAAAAAACAGUUUUUUAACAUUUUAUUCAAUAGAUUCCUGACAAGAACUGUUUUACUCUCUCUGAUAGCUUUCUUUAGUUAUCCACGACUGUUAAGGCGUCCAAGUGCACCUUCCUCGACGCAGCGUGCGAUGCGCUCCUCAGUCGAGGGUGUGAGUAUUUCAGUAAGCUUCUGAUGACUGUUAAACUAAACUUUAACUAAAAGACUGUUAUAUGACUUUAAGAGACUGAAAGUAAAAUGGCAUCUUGGAGGACUUGUAACAUCUUUGUUCCUUGGCUAUCAGUUUCCAGUUAAUCUUAGUGUAAAGUAGUAAUGGUGUAUCGUAGUUGCUUAACUUAUUGAUGCUUAUUAACUGCGAUGAUGUGGGUACUAUUACCUCAGCUUUACAGGUGACAGGGAUCAGUGGCCUGUUUUUCUCCAACUUAGGAGGUUCUGUGAGGAAGUGAAGCUGGAAAUAAAUAUUUGUUUUGACUUCAGAAACCAAACCAACUUAUGUGAUGACAAUUUUACAUUUAAAUUAUUGACACAAAACAGAUGAUACAGAGAAACUGUGCUUGACUGUAUGUAUGUGUGUAGUAUUUAUGCUGCCAUAACGCUGUAUGUAUCAUCAGUUAUUUACAUCUAUAGCCAAGUAACUUAGCAACAGUGUGCCAAGUAUAAGAUAAUAACACCACACAACUGUAAAUCCAAGCUGCUGAUAUGUGUUUUUCCUCGCUUCAGUUUAUAUUUACAAAGUUUAUUUUUAUAUUCUGAAUUGUAUGUGCAGUGAAAGAGCAUUGAUUUUUUUCUUGUCAUAUACAAUAUGACAUUCAGAUACAUUGUACUGUGUAGAUUUCGGAUAAUGAACCCAAUACAAGAAAACAAUGUGGCAAAUAUGUUACUUUUAAUCAGGUUUCAGUUCAAAGAAUAGCAGAUAUAUAACAGCUAUAUUAAAAAAGAUGUGUAGUUAUUAUAGAAGAGUAUAAGAACAGGGCUUUUUUAUUAAUAUUAUGUGUUUAGUCUGUACUUUCCAGGCUGCAGGUAUAAUGUUUGUACCCUGGUUGUGUAGGUGCUGUGUUUAUUGUCUUUCUUUUCUUAGUCUCAGUACGCAGCCCUAUGCAGGUUGUUGUUCUCCGUGUUUUUAAUUACCUGACAGUAAGUAUUUUCAGCUGGCACAGCUGGCGUUUUUAACAUCCAGAUGUGUAUAUAUUGGCUGUCUCGCUGUCUACCUCAUCAUUAUCAGCUGCUACUCAACAGCGAUGACUUCACCUAGUUAUCCUUCAACCAAAAAUUACUAUUACAGUUAAUACAAGCACACACUCUUUGUACUGGAUUCCAUCUUAAACUUUAAAUAUGUCAUGUGCUUACUUGAGGCUAAAUAAAGUGAUCUGUGGGUAUUUUA